CUCUAACUGCGCUAUUAUCGUAAAGUAGCUGCAGUCGAUUAAUGACUUUUGAAUUUAGUUACGAGUUACGAGGUUCUUUAUUCAAGGUGUUUGUGUAACUAUAUCUGUGGUAUUAGAAUAUUUUAUAAAAUGGCUAAAUCAAAGCGUCAACGAAAGUAUAGCUUCACCGUCAAUCAAAAGAAGACAGUCCAGUGGAAGCAAGAGUUGGCUGACAAACUAAGAGAGCAAAUACAACACUAUGACCGUAUGAUUGUCUUCAGGUUUAUCAAUCCUCGUACAGACCUAAUACAAGACUUGAGAAAGAAGUACAGGAAAAGCAAAUUUUUCUUAGGAAAGAACAGAGUUCUACAGAUCGCCCUCGGCAGAACUCCUGAAGAAGAAAUUGAUGAGAACCUCCACCAGGUGUCUGCACAGCUUAUUGGCCAGCGAGGCAUAUUGUUUACCAAUGAAAAGCUUGAGGAUAUUAUUGAGUUCUUCAACAGUCACCGCGUGGCGGUGCACUCGCGGCCCAGCAACCUGGCGCCCAUGUCACUGACGCUGCAGCCUGGCGUGCUGGAGGGCUUCACGCACAACCAAGAGCCUUUCCUGCGCAAGCUGGGGCUCGUGACGCGCCUCAAGGUCCAAAACGCCGGAUGCGGUGUGCCUGAACUCCUCAUCCCCUUCACCGUCUGUACAAAGGGCAAGCGGCUCACUGCCCACCAGGCCACGCUCCUGAGGCUGCUGGGCUACAAGAACGCAGAGUUUCGCGUGCAUUUGUACAGCGCGUGGGAGCGUCAAACUGGAGUCGUCACCAAGAUCAUCUCGAAGAACAAACAAAUGCAGCUCGCCGGUGCUGACGAAGAGGGUUCAGACGGUGACAUCACCAGUGACGAUGACGUCAGUGAUGCUGAGGACGAAGAUGGGGCGGCUGGAAUAGACGAGGAAAUGGAUAUGGAGGACUAAGUCACCGAAGACUUGUAAAUCCUUGAGAAAAUAGUUUAUGUCAUA